GAGAAUAGCUGUUGUGUUUUCUUUUUAUUUCUAGAAAGAUUCAACACAUGGACUCAAGUAACAGGACAAGAGUUGCAGAAUUUCUCCUUCUUGGAUUUUUAGAAAACAAAGACCUGCAACCCCUUAUUUAUGGUCUUUUCCUCUCUAUGUACCUUGUUACUGUUGCUGGGAACAUGUUAAUUAUUUUAGCUAUCAUUUCCAGCCCCCGACUACAUACUCCCAUGUAUUUCUUCCUGUCUAACCUUUCCUUUGUGGACAUCUGUUUCAUUUCAACUACUGUUCCAAAGAUGUUAGUGAACAUACAGACCCAAAACAAGGUCAUCACCUAUGCAGGAUGCAUUACCCAGAUAUACUUUUUCUUGCUUUUUGUAGAAUUGGACAACUUUUUGCUGACUAUCAUGGCCUAUGAUCGUUACGUGGCCAUCUGUCACCCCAUGCACUACACAGUUAUCAUGAACUACCAGCUCUGUCGAUUUCUGGUUCUACUGUCUUGGAUUGUAAGUGUUCUGCAUGCCUUAUUUCAAAGCUUAAUGAUGUUGGAGCUGCCCUUCUGCACACAGCCAGAAAUCCCACACUUCUUCUGUGAACCUAAUCAGGUGAUACAACUGACUUGUUCUGAUGCAUUUCUUAAUGACAUGGUGAUAUAUUUUACACUUGUGUUGCUGGCUAUUGUUCCUCUUGCUGGUGUCUUCUAUUCUUACUUCAAGAUAGUGUCCUCUAUACGUGCAAUAUCCUCAGUUUAUGGGAAGUACAAAGCAUUCUCCACCUGUGCAUCUCAUCUAUUGGUCGUCUCUUUAUUUUACUGUACAGGCCUAGGAGUGUACCUCAAUUCUGCUGCAAACCAUAGCUCACAAGCAAAUGCAACAGCCUCAGUCACAUACACUGUAGUUACCCCUAUGAUGAAUCCUUUCAUCUAUAGUCUUAGGAAUAAAGAUGUUAAGAGUGCCCUAAAAAGACUCUUUGUGAGGAAAGUAUAAGGAAUCCUACCUUCUCCACUUUAUG